UUGAGUCCCCGUUGUAUAUACCUCAAUUGAGUCCCCGUGGAUUUGAUUUGAGAAAAAAGAUAGUAAUUAAAGAACAAAAUUGUACUAUUAUAAUAAUCUAUUAUUUCAAACAGGAUGGCGGAUAUUUUAACUAAACGUAGAAAGCCUAAACUUGUUCAUGAUGGAUAUUUAUUUGUUUUUCAUAAAAUGGACAAAGACGAAGACAUCAAGUUUUGGAGAUGUGAGGCCUUCAACAAAAAAGAUGUCAGAUGUAAGGCUCGCCUACAUAGCGAGAAUCCUCAUAUUUGGUCGUAUGUCAUUUGGGGAGUGGUCAGAACAAAUGGAACAUGUUUUUGUUGAUGG